AAUUCCUGACCUGAACCUAAAAUGUAAUAAAGCCCAAUAUAAUUAUUGAGUAAAUCAAAGAUAAAAAAAAUCCCGUUCUCUCUCUUUAGUCUUUACUAUUUAUUGCGGAAAAGCUCCUGCAAGAAUUUCUCUCUCCCGAGUCCUGACUCCUGAGUAAAGCAUCUCCCGCUCUCCCAAAUUAAGCGAAACUUCACUCUUUAUGCAGAUCUUCAUGGAUCGUUGGACUGGUAUCUUAAAGGUUCCUCUGUGUGCAAAGGGUACAGCAAAGUGUAGAAUAGCAGCGUCCCUCUGCAUUUCACCUUCAAAAGCACUUCUUGUGCCUGCAGCAAAUGCCAUCCUCUUUAACGGAGAUCGAGUUGAAGGGACUGGAAACCCAGUGAUUGAGAGGCUGUCUGAUAUACAAAAUAUAGCUGAUAUUCUUGUAUCAAAAUUUGGAGCUUCUAUCAAUGCAUGGGUUAUUGAGGCCUCCACAUACAACGGCCCCUUUGCUGUAUACAAGGAACUUCUUCAGUCUUCUAACCAGAGGGGGGAGCCUCAAACUUACAGUCCUGAUGGAUUUCCGGCCUCCACAUCAGUUGUUGCACUUUUAUCGAAUUUCCUUGAAGAGAGAGCAAAGAUCAUCCCUCACAAAGAACAGUACCAGGUCUCUGCAGAGCAUACAUCUUUUUGUCUUCCCAAAACAUUUAUUCUCGGUUUUAGCAAGGGCGGUGUAGUCCUUAAUCAGCUAGUUACUGAACUCGGGUUUUCGUAUGUCAAAGGCAUGGAGGUUCCACCACAGUCGACGAGCUUCUCGAAGUCUGCGAGAAACCAGAUUGUACCAGUUUCCAGAGAGAGCUUCAUGGACAGCAUAACCGAAAUCCAUUUUGUUGAUGUUGGUCUGAAUUGUCCUGGAGCUUAUCUCACUGAUAACACUGUCAUUCAGAGAUUAGCCGACUGGCUUAUUGAGAGAGAUGCAAAGAUUCGGUUUAUGCUUCACGGGACUCCUAGGCAGUGGAGCGAUAUAAGACGGCCUUGGAUACGUGAAGAAAAGGAUAAACUUCUUCAAUUACUUAAUUCUGUAGGGCGGAAGAGCAAGGGGAAGCUGGAAGUCUGUGAGAGAACUUAUUUUGCUGAAUUACUUCCUGACUUGCAGAUGCAUUUUGAAAUAAUUGAGAAUUUAGUUGUCAUUUGAGGUAUCGGUGACAGAAGAGAUCGCUUUUGGUUUGCAGUCUUGUGUUCAUCAUGUAAAGAAAAGGAGAAAAUAUAGAAGCAAAAAGCCAUGUUUCAUGGAAAAUAGUGGAAAUACAGAGUGAUCAAGAAUACUCUAAUUUCAAUGCAGUCUACCUUUGACUGUGACUCCUAUUCUAACUCCGCUUGGGAUGACUGGGUAAACUUCAAUAUCACUCAGGAGUCGGGAUAAACACUGGCAAACUGUUUUUGUGGUUUGAUUUUGGCACCUUAGGAGGUCGGAAACAAUGUUAAUGAAGUUAUGAUAACUCUCUUUUUAGCAGAUUUCUUGUGGAUAUAGAUGCAACUAACAGCGCUCUGCAGAAGCCAAGUUGUGAAUAUUGACCUCAAUCAGCACAUCCUCACUUGCACUCUGAAAGGGUACAUCAAGCUCAACAGUGAUGGCUGUUGGAAGGGUUUUCAAAUGCAGGAGGAGAUGGUUUACUGAGAAAAGAAGAUGGCUCCUGGUAACCUGGUUAUUCCCUCAAAUUCAUGGCGGAAUCCUGAGCAGCAGCAGAACUCCUAACAACUAGGAAUGGGCUCAUAUUUGUACAAGACUUUGGUAUAACUCAUCUUGAAGUGGAGACAGACGCCCAGGCUCUUGAAACCAUGCUCGAAAACCUUGAAAACUUCCCCAAUCAUGAAUUAGCAGUGAUCAUCAGAGAUAUUGGUGCUCUCUUAAAGAAGUACUAGAAUGCCAUUCUCCUUCCUGCUAGAAAGAUAGCUAAUGAGAUAGCCAACAAACUAGCCAAGUUCAGAGUCUUAACUCUUAAAUGGAGGAAAAUAGAAUGAUCCACUUUGUCACUUCAAAAUGUGCUGCUGAAGCCUUUGAGGAUUUGGGACAUAGUCCUAAUCGUCUUUAUGACACAAUCAACAAUUCGCUUCAUUUUCAAUUAGGACUUUCCCUUCCUGCUUCGUGUUUAAACUCUUGGAACGGAGUCCCUGUCCCGUUCCUGUAUAUGUUCAAAGACUUGGUUAAUUGCGGUUAGCCCUUUUGUCACUUUAAAACUAUCUGUCUUAGGCUGUACCCCUUGUUUAAUGUUGUUCUCUUCUUUCUGUAUAACAAACACUUUUGUCUAA